CACACACAUACACACACGCUUACACUCGUACACCCACGCAGGCAUUGUCACACCUUUGCUCGAAGGGCCUGUUCACCUCGCAUCUUUCUCUAGCUUGUUGCCGGGCAGUAUAGGAGCUGGGUGCUGAGUGUCCUGUGUGAUUAAUGUGGCGGGGCCGGAGACCACUGAGCAUGUGUCUGAGUCGGUGGGUCUGAGUGUGUGCUGCUUAGCGACAUCGGUGUAGGGCCACAGCAUGGGUGUGAGGCGUCCUCUCCGGUCGGUCAGGCAUUAGUGGGCUUCUGCAUCUCUCUUUCGCUCUUUUCAACCCCUUUUCGCUGCCUUCCCUUCCUCCCUCUCUUCUCCCUCUUCCUGGUGGGUGCUGCCCCCUGUCUGAUCUCUAUUUGCCCUCCACAACGCCUGCGACUCUCCUCCUCCUCCUCCUCCUCUCCUCCAUAUCCGCGGCUGGAACGUUUCCUACCCCCAGGAUGCCGUGUGCCGGGCCCUCUUGCUAGGCCACAGCAGCAUGGGCGGUGCUCCAGGGGGGCGAGGCAGUACGGAUUGGACGGCUCACCUCCGGACGGGCGCGCUCGGGCACCCCGCCGCUUCCGAUGGGUGAGGACGGCGAGAGCCAAAAAAUCAACCACAGCUUCCUCCGAGACUAUGUCACCGAAGCUGAUGUCAUAUCUACGGUGGAAUUUAACCAGACGGGGGAUCUGUUGGCGACGGGGGACAAGGGGGGGAGAGUGGUCAUCUUCCAAAGAGAGACUCAGACUAAAGGGGAGCCAGAGGAGCUAGGUGAGUCAGGCGAGUAUAACGUCUACAGUACCUUCCAGAGCCAUGAGCCUGACUUUGACUACCUGAAGAGCUUGGAGAUUGAAGAGAAGAUCAACAAGAUCCGAUGGCUACCACAGCAAAACGCUGCACACUUUCUUCUCUCCACCAAUGAUAAGACGAUAAAACUAUGGAAGGUCAGCGAACGAGACAAGAGACCCGAGGGAUACAACCUCAAGGACGAGGAGGGCAGGGUAAAAGACUUCUCCACCGUGACAUCUUUACAGGUGCCGGUGCUGAAGCCCACUGACCUGAUGGUGGAGGUGCGUCCGCGCCGCGUCUUCGCCAACGGCCACACCUACCACGUCAACUCCAUCUCCGUCAACAGCGAUGGCGAGACGUACCUGUCCGCUGACGACCUCAGGAUUAACAUGUGGCACCUCGACAUCACCGAUCGCAGCUUCAACAUUGUAGACAUCAAGCCAGUCAACAUGGAGGACCUGACGGAGGUGAUCACAGCAGCGGAGUUCCACCCCAAGCACUGCCACCUGUUCGUCUACAGCAGCAGCAAGGGCACGCUCCGCCUCUGUGACAUGAGGGCCUCUGCUCUCUGCGACCGGCACUCCAAAAUUUUCGAGGAGCCAGAGGACCCGGGCAACAGAUCCUUCUUCUCAGAGAUCAUAUCCUCAGUCUCCGAUGUCAAAUUCAGCCACAGUGGCCGCUACCUUCUCACCAGGGAUUACCUCACGGUCAAGGUGUGGGACCUCCAUAUGGAGAAGGGUCCUGUUGAGACCUACCAGGUACACGAGUACCUGCGUAGUAAACUGUGCUCCCUGUAUGAGAACGACUGCAUCUUUGACAAGUUCGAGUGUGUAUGGAACAGCACCGACAGCGUCAUCAUGACCGGUGCCUACAACAGCUUUUUCCGCAUGUUCGACCGUGAGACUGGCAGGGGCGUGACGCUGGAGGCGUGGCGUGAGAGCAGCAAGCCGCGGGCGGUCCUGCGCACACGCCGGGUCUACACCGGCGGCCGGCGGCGCCGAGGCGACGUGGGCGUCGACAGCCUGGACUUCACCAAGAAGAUCCUGCACAUGGCCUGGCAUCCGGAGGAGAACAUCAUUGCCAUCGCCGCUACGAACAACCUCUACAUCUUCCAGGACCGAGUGAACCCUGAGACCCAGUGACAAGCAGUGCGGCGUGCA